ACGGAUGAUCUUACCAGAUAUAGCAAGAAAAAUCCAAGAAAUUAGAACUAUAAACAAGAAAGGGUACACGCACAAAAUUUGCUACAAUCCAACAACCAAAUUUGACGGAAAAUAUCACUAGGCAUAGAUCAAUGUUGCUUGGUCAAUAUAAAGCAUCAUUCUUGGCUGUAUCUGCGCUUUCUUCACAUGAUUCUCUUGCACUUUUAGUUGGAUCCUAUUAAAGAUCCCACUCCCUUAUGAUUGCUACACUCAACGCCUCCCAUCUCUCUCUCUAGAUUCUCUCUGCUUUGAGAUGCUUAUUUUUAUUGCAAUAAUCUAGUGCAAGAAUUGGGAUUAGGAUCCCUUGACAUGCUGUGCUCCAAGAAUUGUUUAUAAUUGCUGCAAAAACCCUGACACCAAAAGAUUUGCUCUUCUUCAGCAUCAAGGAAAAAAAGUAUCGAUUCUUUUUUUUUUUUUUUUCUUUUAAAAUUUCUCUCAAUUUGUUUAAAUACAAAUUCAAGAAUCCCAUUUCUUUCUGGUAUAGCAUACAUCACUGAGCAAAAUCAUCAUCCACCUUAUCUUCAUCGUCUCACCUCUCUGAACUUUCCUUCUCUGCUCCGUUCAUAAAAAUUGAAUCUUUCCAAUUUUUCUUUGCCUAAACCUUGUGUGCAAAUCAGUGGGGGGAAAGGGAUUGCAGAAAUGCAAGCUGUUUUACAAUCAAAAGGGCUUCUUUCCUUGCCCUCAAACCACAAAACCAGAGCUUUCAUCUCUCAACCCUCAUGUGAUUUGAGGUACAGAUUCAAUCCCAUAAAUUCUUUGUCCAAAUCAAUAACACUUAACAAAAGCUCUCUUUCUCCAAAUGGGUUCUCAAAAAUUCCGUCCAAACCUCAGCUGGUUCUCCAAAACAAUAGAAAUUACCAUGUCUGUCGAGCUGAGGCAGCUGCAUCAUCAGCUGAUGGGCAGCCACUCUUCGGAGAGAGAGAAUCACCCAAAUUCAUGGGCCUUGAAUUGGUGACUCUCAAGAAAAUCAUACCUCUUGGGAUGAUGUUCUUCUGUAUCCUGUUCAAUUACACGAUUUUGAGGGACACCAAGGAUGUUUUAGUGGUGACAGCAAAAGGGUCGAGUGCUGAAAUCAUACCUUUCUUGAAAACGUGGGUGAAUUUGCCAAUGGCUGUGGGCUUCAUGCUUCUGUACACGAAAUUGGCCAAUGUGUUGUCGAAGCAGGCUCUGUUUUACACUGUUAUCUUUCCGUUUAUCGCCUUUUUUGGGGCAUUUGGAUUUGUUUUCUACCCCAUGAGCAGCUAUAUCCACCCCACAGCUCUUGCUGACAAUCUUUUGAACAUUCUUGGUCCGAGGUUUCUUGGCCCUCUUGCUAUUUUGAGGAUAUGGAGUUUCUGUUUGUUCUAUGUCAUGGCUGAGCUUUGGGGUAGUGUGGUUGUAUCAGUUCUGUUUUGGGGAUUUGCUAAUCAGAUUACCACUGUCGAUGAAGCCAAGAAAUUCUAUCCCCUGUUUGGGCUCGGAGCAAAUGUGGCGCUCAUCUUCUCUGGUCGAACUGUGAAAUACUUCUCUAAACUGAGAGAAAACCUCGGUCCUGGUGUUGAUGGUUGGGCCGUCUCCCUAAAGGGAAUGAUGAGUAUCGUGGUGCUGAUGGGACUAGUGAUUUGUUUCCUCUAUUGGUGGGUGAAUCAUAAUGUUCCUCUUCCCGCCCGUAGCCAGAAGAAGAAGGAUAAACCACAAAUGGGGACGAUGGAGAGCUUGAAGUUCUUGGUAUCUUCAAGAUACAUAAGAGAUCUUGCCACUUUAGUGGUGGCAUAUGGUAUUAGUAUUAACCUCGUUGAGGUUACAUGGAAAUCGAAGUUAAAAGCUCAGUUCCCAACGCCAAACGAGUACUCAUCUUUUAUGGGAGAUUUCUCAACUGCUACCGGAAUUGCAACUUUCACAAUGAUGCUCUUGAGCCAAUGGAUCUUCAACAAAUAUGGUUGGGGAGCUGCAGCGAAGAUCACACCAACCGUCUUGCUCCUAACUGGGGUCGGCUUCUUCUCCUUGAUUCUCUUUGGGCACCCUCUUGCCCCGACUCUUGCCAAAUUUGGCAUGACCCCACUUUUAGCAGCUGUCUAUGUCGGAGCUAUGCAAAACAUAUUUAGCAAGAGCGCCAAGUACAGCUUGUUCGAUCCAUGCAAGGAAAUGGCAUACAUUCCUUUGGAUGAGGAUACAAAGGUUAAAGGGAAAGCAGCCAUUGAUGUAGUCUGCAAUCCUUUGGGAAAAUCUGGGGGUGCCUUAAUUCAGCAGUUCAUGAUCUUAACCUUCGGAUCCCUAGCAAACUCGACUCCCUAUCUAGGCGGCAUUCUCCUUGUGAUCGUGCUCGCCUGGCUAGGCGCCGCCAGAUCUCUAGACGGCCAGUUCUCUGCUUUGAGGCGAGAGGAAGAGCUCGAGAAGGAGAUGGAAAGAACAGGUUCCAAGAUCCCUCUUUCGAGCGGCUCGACCAGAGGCGACUCGUCUCCUAAGAAACUAUGAUUUCCUGCAAUAGAUUGACAGACAAAGAUGGCGGAAGACUAAUAAGGUUGGCUGUUAGUUUUAGAAACUCUCGAUCUGUUACUUGAUCUAAGCCAUCGAUCGAUAUGUGUACUUUGAUCUUGGCUCUUGAAAUUGUGACAUGAAUCUGCUGGGGCUGGAAAGAAAUUAAAUUAGAUGGAGUUAUUUUAUUA